AUGAAUCAAAAUAGAAUAGGAUCUAAACCAGUUACGUCGAAUUCUCAACAAACAUCAGCUGAUCGAUCAACAUUGUUAAUCAAAUGUUUAAAAAAAAAGAAAUUAUUAUGGAUCAUUAUUGGUAUUAUCACUGUUAUUUUGGUCGUAACUAUUCCAAUCGUAAUUAUUAAAACAAAAAAAACAAACGAAAUAAAACUAUCAGCUAUGACAAUAGAAACAACAAACGUGAUAAAAUUAUCAACUUUGACAACCAAAACAACAACUCAUAAAUUUACAACAACAGUGGCCAACCCGAUGACAACAGUGCAAAACAAGCCAAAAUAUAAAAAAUGGAAACAACAUGGAAUUACUAUUGCUGGAGGAAAUGGAUACGGAGAUCUAUUAAAUCAACUUGCUUAUCCUGUUGGGAUUUGUAUCGAUGAUAAUAAUAGUUUUUUGAUUGCUGAUACUCAUAAUCAUCGUAUUAUUGAAUGGAAAUAUAAUUCGAUCAUUGGUGAAAUCAUUGCAGGUGGCAACAACGGACCAGGAAAUAGAGAAGAUCAACUCAAUACGCCAACCGACGUAAUCGUUGAUAAAAAGAAAAAUGCGAUAAUCAUAUGUGAUUCUGACAACACACGGGUAAUGCGAUGGUUUCGUGAAAGUACAACAUAUCCAGAAACCAUCAUUGCUAAUAUUCACUGUGGCGGUGUAGCAACAGACAAAGAUGAAUCUCUUUAUGUUUCUGAUUACGUAAAGUCUGAAGUGAGACGAUGGAAAGAAGGACACAUAGAUGAAACACUAGUUGCAGGUGGAAAUGGCAAAGGAAGCCUUCUAAAUCAAUUCAAUGGUCCUGGAAAAAUCUUCGUCGAUGAAGAUUAUUCUAUUUAUGUAUCGGAUCAAGCAAAUCAUCGUAUAAUGAAAUGGAAAAAAAAUGCAAAAGAAGGGAUUAUUGUUGCUGGUGGAAAUGGAAAUGGAUGCCAUCUUAACCAAUUAUCUUUUUCUACUGCUGUAAUUGUUGAUAAUUUCGGCCUAAUCUUUAUUUCAGACUAUGUGAAUCAUCGAGUUAUCCGAUGGAGCGAAGGAGAUACAAACGGUACAAUUGUUGUUGGUGGAAAUGGUAGUGGUGGUGGAGAACCAAAUCAAUUAAAUUUUCCCAGAGGUCUAUCAUUUGAUGUUGACGGAAAUCUUUAUGUUGUUGAUUCUUCUAAUUAUCGAAUUCAAAAAUAUGAACUAUGUACUGAAUAA